AUGGUUCGAUGUGUUAAACGUUGUCUGAAGAUCUUAAAGAAUGCCAAGUUGACAUAUGAAGAGCUCUUGACUCUCGUCGUAGAAAUUGAAUGUGUGUUGAACUCCAGACCACUCACAUACGUGUUUUCAGAGGAUAGAGUGGAACCUCUCACCCCUUCUCAUUUGUUGACGGGAAGAAGAUUACUGUCCAUUCCUGAUGAAUCUAUAGUCGCCGAAGAAGAGUCAAGUGAUGUUGAAAUUCUCACCAGGAGACAGCGUUAUGUAACGUCAUUGUCGUCCCACUUUUGGAGUCGAUGGAAACGAGAGUACGUGGUAGAACUGCGAGAACACCACAGAGCAUUAGAGAAGGGAGCUGCCAGCAACUCACCAUCAGUUGAGACAGGUGACAUUGUCACUGCGAUGGAAGAAGGAAUGUCUAACCGAGGAAUGUGGAAGCUUGGAAAGGUUGCAGAUGUGUAUCCAGGAAACGAUGGUGUAGUAAGAGGAGCCACGGUAGAAGUUGCCUCAAGCAAUGGCAAGCGAAAGCCUCUACAGAAACUGUUUCCGUUAGAGGUUCGCGAAACUAGUGAUGCAGAUGGAGAAGAGCCUGCUAGACCAAUUGCCUGCCCUCCAGAGAGACAAAGGAGGCAAGCCGCCAUUGAAGGAGAAAUGAGAAGAGAAGUCGAUCAGUGUCUGGACGAACUGAAAGACUAUGAUGAACACUGA